AUGAAUUCAACCAUCCCAGCCUGGGGGGUGACAUUCACACCAAGGAAUGGAAAUGACCGGGACUUUCCUCCGACUUCUAACAUGAAGACCUGGAUCUUCAACUUGUUGACCGUCAUUAUCGGGCUGAUUGGGCUGGCUGGAAAUGCAGUUGUGCUCUGGCUCCUGGGUUUCCGCAUGCGUCGAAAUGCCUUCUCCGUCUACAUCCUCAACCUGGCCGGGGCCGACUUCCUCUUACUCUGCACCUAUGUUGUAUAUUCCUUGCUGGAACUCAUGAACAUCUUCGUUCCCAACAUCAUCUACCACAUCGUCUUCAUGACUGUGACAAUCUCCUCCUACAUUGCAGGUCUGAGCAUUCUCAGCGCCAUUAGCACCGAGCGCUGCCUGUCGGUCCUGUGCCCCAUCUGGUACCGCUGCCGCCGCCCAAGACACCUAUCAGCUGUCAUGUGUGCCCUGCUCUGGGCUCUGUCUCUGCUGAUGAACAUCUUCAUCGGGUCCCACUGUCGUUUCCUAUUUAUGAUUCAUGGCUACUAUCAAUGUACGGCAUUUUAUUUCAUCAUACCUACAUGGCUCAUUUUUUUGUUUGUGGUUCUCUCUGGCUCCAGCCUGACUGUGCUGGCCAGAUUCCUGUGUGGCUCCCGGAAGAUGCCACUGACCAGGCUGUAUGUGACCAUCCUGGUCACCAUGCUGGUCUACCUCCUCUGUGCUCUGCCCCCCGGCAUUGUGUGGUUUGGCUCAUUCUGGGUUGACAUUCAUUUUGACAGAACUGAGAUCAUCCUGUCUGUCAUUAACAGCAGAGCCAACCCCAUCAUUUACUUCUUUGUUGGGUCCUGGAGGCGGCAGCAGCGGCAAGGUCAGCCGAGGCAGUCCCUCAAGUUGGUUCUCCAGAAUGCAUUAGAGGACAAAGCUGAGGUGUGGGACAGUAAAGGAGGAUCUCUCAGUGCCUACAACUUUGAUAGCGUGGGAAUUCUACAGGAGUCCUUCAUCGUGGAGCUAAACACACACCUGGUGCAGAGUUCACAGAAGCUGAGCGAGUGUCCUAGGGAAGGUGGAGCAGCUGGAGGCCAGCCACUGGUUCAUGCCAACGAGGUGAACAACAGGAAGCAACAUGCAUGA